AUGCCGAGUGCUUUGUGGUGCGGACUAGCCGUGGUGGCGGCGGCGGCGGCGGCGGCGGCGGCGGCGCUAGUGGCCGCCCCCCAGCCUCCCUUCCCACUCCCGGACCGCCGCUACGAGACGGACGACGCCGUCGUCAUCGAAGGUCUCCCGCCGGCGGGCAGACGGCAGGCGAGGGCGGCGCCGACCAAUCAGACGGCGAAGAGGGAGAUCAGGCAGUUCGGCGGCUGGCCGGGCGUCAUCCCCCCCGGACCCUGCUUCUCCAGCAAGGGCGUGCUGGGCCGCUGCACCAGCUUCCGCGCCUGCUACCCCUACUUCAAGCUGCCCGAGCUCAACAACUGGGAGACCUGGGUGCUGGGGCUGUACGACACCUGCAGCUACUUCAGCGCGUCCGGCCGACAGAUGUUCGGCGUGUGCUGCACCAACCCCACGACUGUGAGGCCGAUCCAGCCGCCGCGGCCCACGCCGCCCUCGGAGCCGGAGGAAGAGGAGGAGCCGGAGGAACCCGAGGAGGAGGAGUCGGUGGACCUGAACCCCAUCCCGCCCAACUGGCCUCCCCCGCUGCCCACCCACCCGCCCGACCACACCAUCCCUCCCCUGCCCACGCACCCGCCCUCCCCCGGCUGGCCGGGGCUGCCCAUCGAGUCCACCACCAUGCCGGCCACCACGAGCACCACCAAGAGGCCGUGGCCGCCCUACCCGUGGCCGCCCACCACCAAGCCACCCACCGCCCAGCCCUGGCCGCCCUCGGUGCCCACCCACCCCACCCGGCCGCCGCGCCCCAGCAAGCCCACCCGGCCCACCACCCGGCCCACCCGGCCCACCACCACCACCACGGAGCCGCCCGAGGAGUACCCGGGCAUCUCCACCGACGCCGCGUGCGGCGCCAAGAACGGCCAGGAGGACCAGGAGCGCAUCGUCGGCGGCCAGAACGCCGACCUGGGGGAGUGGCCCUGGAUCGUGGCGCUGUUCAACGGCGGGCGGCAGUUCUGCGGCGGCUCGCUCGUCGACAAGACGCACAUACUCACGGCGGCCCACUGCGUCGCCCACAUGAGCUCGUGGGACGUGGCGCGGGUGACGGUGCGCCUGGGAGACCACAACAUCAAGACCAACUCGGAGGUGCGACACAUCGAGAAGAAGGUGAAGAGAGUGGUGCGACACCGCGGCUUCGACUCCAGGACUCUGUACAAUGACGUGGCGAUACUGACGCUGGACUCGGCCGUCCCUUUCUCGAAGCAAGUGCACCCCAUCUGUCUGCCCAGGGGCAACAGCCUGUACGCGGGGAAAACUGCGACUGUCAUCGGCUGGGGCAGCUUGCGAGAGAGCGGUCCGCAGCCCGCCGUGCUGCAGGAGGUCAACAUCCCCGUGUGGACCAACUCCGAGUGCAAGGCGAAGUACGGCAACGCCGCGCCCGGCGGCAUCGUGGAGCACUUCCUGUGCGCGGGCCAGGCCGGCCGCGACUCCUGCAGCGGAGACAGCGGUGGGCCGCUCAUGGUGAACUCUGGCGGAAAGUGGACCCAGGUGGGCGUGGUCAGCUGGGGCAUCGGCUGUGGCAAGGGGCAGUACCCAGGGGUGUACACCAGGGUCACGCACUUCAUGCCCUGGAUCACCAAAAACCUCAAGAACUAACGGCUCCCCACAGAACAUCACUACUGUCAUUUCCACUUCUCCCUCGACGGCAGAUCGAGCAGAGCGCGACCGCGAAGAGUUCCUCCUCCCCCCCCCCCCCCCCCUCAGUUGGAUGGUGCCCUGGGUCUGCCACAUCGUUCCACCCCUGGCCGCAGCACCGUCACUUCCGUCGAAAACCGCUCGUCCGUCCAGGUGACGUACUGCUCCGUCAGUGGCUGCCAUGUCACACGUGAUCCGAGGACCAACUUUUACAACUGUUCUAGCAAACAGAUCAUGGUCUCAGGAGAUAAACACCAGUUUUCUUUAUGAUAUCUUACUACUUUUUUUAAAUUCCAAGAGGAUAAAAGUAUAAGAAAAGUUCCUAGUAAAAUAAUUACUCAUAAAAUUGCACUCUCAUUCUUACAUAACAAUUCACAUUUUAUGCCUAUUACACACUUUUAAAUGUGAGACAACUAUCUUGCUACUUUCAUCUUAAACUGAACCAUUUUCCCCAAAGUCAUUAUUUUUACUUCGUGAGUGUUUAUUAUAUCCAUAUCAUAAAUGUAAAGAAAAAAUAUUUACAAUUUAUAAAUUUUUAGUUUAGUUAAAAUUACAGGUCUGUGAUUAAUGCAUAAAACCAAACCGUCGUAAUCACAAGGAAAAAAGUUUUUUUUGAUGAAUGCUAACUAAUAUGCACAUGCAAAUAAUCAAGGAGGGACUGGGGUAGUUAACUCUUAAGUGAACUAUAACAUGGAUAUGAAUCCAGGUACGUAUAUUUCACCAUCAGCUGGCAUUCCAAACAAGAGCACCACAAAUCUCAGUUCAAGUAAAUAGUGAAUACUUACCUUCUGAGACCAUGAUAUAAUAGUUACACCAUAUGCCAUAUUGAUGAUAUAAUUUUUUCUAAAAGAAAACUAACAUGUGUGUGUCAAUCAAGAUAUUCUUGAAGAAAUGCCAGCAAAAUGCUUUUCUGAGCCUAAAAACAUUGAUUAUUGGUGCAUAGACUUUUACAUACUGCAGUGUUUCUAAAUGGGUAACCUUGUACACAAAUUGUGCUAGGUUGUUUUAAGCAGAAUCUUGGGGGAAAAAAUAUUAUGACUUCUUUUGUGAACGACGAGAAAGGAAAAGUACCUAGGCAACCUGCAUCACAUUGCUACCACAAUGUGGGAAAUAAUGUGUAUGUAUAGAAUGUACGUAUAUUUAUAACAGUGACCAUUUCAUAA